UUCCAUGAAGUAACAACGUGGUCUGAGCUGGGCCCAGGCCGGACCCGGCCCGGGCUCUGCUGCCCCUCUGGGCGGACGGGCCGGGCCCGGCUGAGCUUUCAGAAGCUGCUGCCUGCAUAGAGAGCGGGGGGAGCCCAGAAAAAAGAAAGAAGAAAACAGAAGGUUCGUGGAACAGGCACUGCAUGAAGUCAGUUAGAUGAGAAGUAAAAGAAAUAAUAAUAUUGGAAUAGGAUUGAAGAAGUGGACAUUUUUAACCGGACUCUUCUAAGGAUGUCAUUUUGCUGCUACCUGGACUUUUUAAUAUUCUUUCAGGGAUUUUUCAGUUUUUCAGAAUUAAACCUAACAUUCCAGUGAAUUGAAGAUCCUCUUCAUGUUUUUCUUCGGAGUGAAUAUCAGUUGUGAAAGAAAAACAUCAGUUAAGCCUGUUGUCGGACAUCAGAAAAAUACUUUUCUUCACACAUAGUACAGGCAUCUCCUGCAGUGGCAUCAGGUUUGCCAGAACAUAUGCAGGAAAGCAGAUAGAAGGGCAUGCUUCAACGUACCAAGUAUAACCGCUUCAGGAAUGAUUCUGUGACAUCUGUUGAUGAUCUUAUUCACAAUUUGCCCAUGAACAGCAAGGUCUCAGCAGUUUCUACAACUUCAGCUUCACCUUCGUACCUGGUCUCACCAGAGGGUCUCCGCAAGGACCAAGAAGAUGGACCCACCACCCUGUGUACCCUCAUCCAUAAAGUGUCCCACUUGAAACUGUCUAGCACGGGCAGCUUUUUGGGUAUCAAAAACCUCUCCUCAGCAGUAAAGGAGCUUGCUGUCUCGAAAUUGCAGGGAAGCUCGAGUGCUUCUAGUUCAGCAGCAGGGGCUUCAGACAGCACAUGUAACCUUGUCUCUGCCACUUCGUGUUCUCAGCAGGACGUGAGCAAGAUGAGUAUGGGGAAAAAAGCACAGUCAGAGGAAAUGCACCUGGGAGGUGAAGAUUGGAAUCAAACUAGCAGUUUUGUGAAUAAAUCCUCUCAAGGAUGGCUGCACUCGAGUGAGAAGAUCCUGGGACCUGGUGUGACGUACAUUGUGAAGUACUUGGGCUGUAUAGAAGUCUUACGGUCAAUGAGAUCUCUUGACUUCAAUACUAGAAUGCAGGUUGCAAGGGAAGCAAUCAGUCGUGUUUGUGAAGCCAUGCCUGGUCCCAAAAGAGCCUUCAAGAAACGAAAGCCACCAAGCAAAGUCCUUUCUAGCAUCUUGGGGAAGAGCAAUCUUCAGUUUGCAGGAAUGAGCAUAAUGUUGAAUAUCUCCACCAGCAGCUUAAAUCUAAUGAAUCCAGAUACAAAACAGAUCAUAGCAAAUCACCAUAUGCAAUCUAUCUCCUUUGCGUCUGGAGGUGAUCCGGAUACUUCAGAUUAUGUUGCAUACGUAGCUAAGGAUCCUGUUAAUCGUAGAGCUUGUCAUAUACUGGAAUGCUGUGAUGGCCUGGCCCAGGAUGUCAUCAGCACCAUAGGGCAAGCAUUUGAGCUUCGAUUUAAGCAGUACUUGCAAUGCCCCACUAAGACACCUAUUUUCCCUGAUAGGAUGCAGAGUUUCGAGGACCCAUGGAUGGAGGAAGAUAACGAGGCAACAGAGCAUCACUAUUACAACAACAUCCCAAAUAAAAUACCUGGCGGAUGUCUUGAUGCCAGGCUCAAAACAAGGUGUCCCACUGCUGCAAACACAGCUGAGUCUGCAUCAGGAGUGGGAGGCGAGCAAAUUUAUUAUCAGAGCCAUCACUUAGGAGAAAAAUUCAGUGAAGAUUUGCAUCAUGGGCCUGCUAAACAAGGAUCUCUGGAUAUUUGUAGUGUGUCAGAGGAGACAUCAGAAGUAGCACCAACAGCAGAUCUGCCAAUAUAUGUAAACACCCAGCAUAUAAAUAGAGAAGAUAUGUUGGCACUUCAGGCAGAUGCUGAAAGUACCUUCAGUGGAACAGCAGAGGAUGCUGAAGCAACCAGUCCAGGAAAGGAUCUGUUUGACAUGAAACCAUUUGAAGAUGCUCUCAAGAAUCAAUCAUCUGAGGCUAUGUUGAAGAAAUCCACCUCCAUGGGGUGCACCAGUCCUCCUUUAUCCAGAGUAGCUGUCCAAACCGCAGCUGAAGAGCUGAGUACAGAGCCAUGGUACCAAGGAGAGAUGAGCAGGAAAGAAGCAGAACAGCUUUUAAAGAAAUGUGGAGAUUUCCUCGUGAGGAAGAGUACCACAAAUCCUGGCUCCUAUGUGCUGACAGGCAUGCACAAAGGACAAGUCAAGCAUCUUCUUUUGGUGGACCCAGAAGGAACUGUUCGUACAAAAGAUCGUGUCUUUGACAGCAUAAGUCAUCUCAUCAACUAUCACCUUGAGAAUAAUUUGCCUAUAGUUUCUUCAGUGAGUGAACUCUACCUGCAACAGCCUGCUGAAAGAAAACACUGACUCCAGAUAACUUUUAGUUAUUGCAACUUGCAAGCUAUAACUGGUAGAAAUUGCAGAUGUGAAAACAAAAUGUACAUUUAAAAAAAUUCUACAUAUUCACAUAUAUUUCACAAGUAUAUGUGAAGUUUAAGUUUAAGAAGCCCCAUUUCAUAUGGUACACUUGAACAUUUUCAAUGCUUUAUGUGACAUGAAAUCA